CGCCCGCGAGCAAUUGUUUACGUUUAUUCACUGUGCUCUUGGUGGAUCUUUCCAAAUUCGCUUUCGCAUGUAAGAUCCGAGAAACUUGCGUGAGUCGCGUGCCGUGCGUGUGCGUGAGACCGCGUGCGGGACGAUGCCCGAGCGUGUUUCGGUGUGAAGUGUGUAUCAGUGAAGGGACAAAGGGUGUCACGUAAGUGUGUGCCGAGCCCUCGGGAGGACUCGUUCAAAAAAUUGCAGAGACUUCGGGAGAAAAGAGAGAGGGAGAGAGAGAGAAAUAUUCUAAAUGUCGACGAGAAUCUCGUCUAUUUAGUGGUCCACCGUUUCGCGGGCGAACUUUCCUAGCUAACUAAAGUACGCGCGAGUUAAGGGCGAGAGUAAAGAGAGCCAGUAAAAGGAAGUUUUUUGAUCGACAGACUCUUAGCAUGUUCGCGGGCGAAAGUCAAAAACGAUCACUCCGGUUACUUCGGGAGAGAUCUGUCGGUAAUCCCGACUUCCGCCUUCGGAAGAAGUGCGUAGAGGAUAAAGUAACUAGGACAUGGCAGCUCGCAGCUUCAAAAAACGCUCCUCCUCUGUGCUUUCAGAGACUUCAUAGAGCAAUCUACUCCCCCUUCCCGGUGGGAGCUAACUAUGUGUCGCUGUAUCGCCACACAGCCAUCUCCAGGACUGUUUGUAAAAAAAGCUAGCCUAGCUUGAAUCCUGGCUAAACCGCUGGCUGGCCACUUGUUUGUAGCCCGGUCGAGUCGUUGCCAUGUGUCCCAUUCGAUUUGUGUUAGGUGUAAGAGAGUUGGACGCCGCUAUGGCACGUGUAGGGGCUUUAAUCGAAUACCUCCGGGACAGUGUGGACUUUCCGCUCGACUCGGGACCCUUGAACUAUCCUUGCUGUAUACUAUAUAGUCCCUUGCUACUGCAUUGUUACCGUAAGAUGUACAAGAAACGCUACGAUACAUCGUUCCACCUGGUGAUGCGCUCCCGCGCGGCCCGCGACACAGUAAUAAGACCCCAUCUCUGUGUGUUUGCGUUGCAGAGGAACGCGGGCGUUGCAACGGGUAGCUAACUAUGGGCAGCAACACCGACGGCGACAAUCUGAAUCUCAGCUGCGGCGAGAAUGACAACGGCGACGAGCUCAGGCUGGCAGCAGACGAAACGUAUGACACACGCAGUGAGGUCUCCUCGAGCAGCUCCAAUUCUGACUCGAGUCACCCCAGUAUCAGCUCGGUCUCCAGCAAGUCGUCACGCGGCGACAACAAGCGAAGCAGGAGGACCAGGACCAAGCGGGGCAGGUCCAGAGAAACCAAGUCGUCUAGUCCUGAACCGAAACGAGCUAGGUCCAAGGAGAGCAAGGGCACUACCAAGAGCUACGACUACACCACCAAGUUGAACUACCUGUUUAGAGACGCAAGAUUUUUCAUCAUCAAAUCUAACAAUGCGGAGAAUGUAACGUUAUCGAAGGCCAAGGGUGUAUGGAGCACGCUGCCACAGAACGAGGCGAAUCUGAAUCAAGCAUACAGAGAAUCGCGUAAUGUAUUGCUGGUAUUUUCCGUGAAAGAAUCCGGCAAGUUUGCUGGAUUCGCGAGACUCAGUACGGAAUCACGAAGAGACGCCGGUCCAGUUUCUUGGGUAUUGCCUCCUGGCCUGUCUGCAAAGGCAUUAGGCGGUGUAUUUAAGGUCGACUGGAUAUGCAGAAAGGAAUUACCGUUUACAGCUACGUUACACCUGUACAAUCCCUGGAACGACGGCAAGCAGGUCAAAAUCGGCCGAGACGGCCAAGAAAUCGAGCCCAGAGUCGCCGAGGAAUUGUGCAGACUGUUUCCGGAAGACGAAGGCAUCGAGAUGACGCCGAUCUUACGAAAGUCCAAGGAAGCGGGGAAACACGUGACCAAAUCGUCGCGUUAUCGCGACAAGAGACCCAUAAGCAGCUCAAGAUUCUUGCGGAGAGGCGGACGAGGACGUAGACUGUUCCUAACUUCGAGAUCACGCUUGGCCUCGCUCGCUAGGGGUUCCCAUGGUGUUGCGGGUGAUCACAGGAGUUCCAGGGACCAUUCCUAUCGGUACACGCCGUGGUUCAACCGAGGAGAUUCACCGUACACGAAGGGUUACGGGACAGGACUGGGUGUCGCAGCGGUUGCGGAGGCUUACGUGGCGGAUUACAUGCGCACCAUGCAACAUCAGUUGCCUCCGUUGCCGCCUUACGGCCCGCACCCCUAUGACACUCUGCCUCCACCACCUCCACCACCAAGAUAUUAUGAUGGUUUGCCACUACCUCCAGAUUACAGUGCAACAGCAUCGGCACUGGAGAAGCGCAGCUAUGAAAGAAGCGUAGACGAGUUCCUGUGGAGGACGGCUAGCCGCCACAGUCGACACAGUGAUCACCGUUCUUCCCGCGAUCAUCACAGAUACAGAGAUCGUAGAUAAGGAUCGACUGCAAUGUUCUCUUAUUAAUCCGUCGAUUCCUCAUCAUUGACGAGUCUCAUCAUUGUGUCCAAUGAUCCAAUCAAUGAUAGGUUGACAAGAAUAUAAAAUUAACAUAUCGUUUCUCAUCUGAGGAGAUUUGUAUUCUAAACGAUAUUGUUAAAACACGAGAUGAUGUAAUUAAUUAAUGUGAUGUAUAAUAAUUAGGCAGAAUUGUACAUAAAUCUAUUGAAAAUCAAAUUUAAUUGUAGAAUAUAUUAAAAGUAAUUUCGUUUCCAAAAGCAAAUAAAAUCCCAGGUUUCAUUAAUCCGAAAUCUCUGGGAGAGGACUGGAGGAAUCGACGGGUUUAAUCAUGUCUCAUUGUCAUAAGAUUGUAAUCAUGUUUCAACAGCGUCUAAUCAUCAUUACUCAUCAAGCUGCAUAACGUAGCGCGAUUUCACGCACAUUCUUUCUGUUCUUAACGUAGGCAUAAUUAAGUAAGUUUUGUACCAUCGAGUAUAUUGAAAUCCGUGAUACUUUCAGUGAAUUUCGCAAUCAGAAACAAAACGCAAGAACUAUUAGAGUAUCUCAUGAAUCUAAAAAAAAUCUAUCUGAUGCAUUCUUUUUCUUCACUUACUAUACUUUUCGGGCGUCUUGUGUCCGAAUUACCGCGUCAGUUUUGCAUGCAAUAAUCAUCGACGAAUUCUACGAGGAAUUUUAAGGUUCAUCAUGUUUUCAGAUACAUUAAGUAGGGCGAAUGUUUGAUUUCAUAAUUCCACGUGUUUAUACAUAUGUGUGAUUGUAUGUAAACAAGACUUUCAAGGUACAUGAGGUACGCGAAAAAUAUUGAACUCGUUGUUCGAUCUCGUGACGUGCAUAUUCGUUUCGAUACUUUAGAAAUACUUUCGGAGAAAGAUAUUUGGUGAAUAAAGGAAGAUGUCAGGAAAUCG